AUGAUGACUGAGAGCCCUUCUUCCUGCCAGACACCUCCUGCAAUUCCUCGUCCUGCUAUCCCUGCUUCGACACCGUCCCCAUCUCCUUUGCCCAAGAAUGAUUCCAAGGUUGACAAGAGCAACAAGACUGUACGAGAAGAGCCAUUGCCCUUGACCACGUCAGAAGGGCCUGCCAAAGGAAACCCACCGUUGGACAAGGAGACCCAGGAGAAACUUGUCAAGGAUGUCUCUGCCGCAAAGGAUGCUGUGAAGUUCUUGAAGCAGGGCUUCCCGAAAGAGACCACCGGCAGGAAGGGUACUGGGGAAGCUCCUACUGGUCGGGGUCGUGCCAAGGGACGUGGCAAGGGUGGCCGAGGCCGUGGGAAGGGUUCCAAAAAAAAGGAGGAAGCUGAGGAACUUCCCGAGACACACACGGGUUUCGGGGACGAGGAUGAUGAUGAGAUAGUAGACCUACUUGAAGAGUUAGAUGAAGAGUCAGAUGCAUCUGUGGAUGCACCAACUGAGCGCUUGUCACAGCCGCGCACUCCUCCCCAGCCCAAGGCAGCCGCCAAGGCCAAGACCAAGGCAGCAACAGCACCGAAGACCAAGAGAGCACCGAAGGCAGCACCGAAAAAGAAGGAGAGCUCGAAGGCAGCACCGAAAAAGAAGGAGAGCUUGAAGGCAAAGGCGAAGGCGAAGAGCAAAGCGUUGACCAAGUGCAAGAGCACCCAGAAGCGUGCUGCCUCCAGUGACGAGGGACGUGUGCCGACUGGAGACCAUUCUUUGAGACAUGCUUACCACAAACACCUCAAAGACAGCAUGGCUUCGCUCAAGAAGGAUGGCAUCACAGGACGCGCUGCACUCAAAGAAGCUCGCUCCACGUCCCUCAUCGAAAAACAUAUUUGUGUAAUGGGUGAUCCCCCUAAAAGAAUAGAUUUUUCUAUGUCCCUUAGAGGCAAAGACUUUUAA